AUGGGAAGUUUGAGCAACGCGCAGAUGAACAUAGUGAAAAAUGACUUGAUCACUUCCGAAACAUCCUCAACCAGCCUGAGUCAGGGAAGAAAUGACCUUUUGACGUGGUGGAUUCGACCAUAA